AACAGCCACUUAAUCGACAUAUAAUUAUAAAGCCUAUUGAUUUAAUAAAUGGAAAUUUGAUAAUAGAAUGCCCUGUGCAUUCAAGCUUAUUAAUUAAUAUUUCUCAAGAAAGUUCAAAAGAAUUUACACAUAUGAGUUACACUGCUUGUACAAGCAAGCCAGAUACUUUUAAGCAAGAAAAUUUUUCUCUCCGUCAAACUAAAUAUGAGUCGACAAGAAUGACUGAAUUAUUUAUUUUGAUAAUCAUAGUUCAUUAA